UAAGUACCAUAUUAAGUACCACAAUGGAAACGUAUAGAGAUCAAGGAGCUGAAGCAAAUUCUAGUAAAGCAAAAGGCCCUCCCGAAGGGUUUAAGGAAAUUGAUUUCGAAAAAACGGACGAUAGGUUGCUCCAAAAAGAGUACAAGAGAGGACAUAUGAGCGACGAUGAAGAUUCCGAAAGUUCAGAUUCAAAUCGUGUUACAAACAUUAAUCGCAAUGUUAAAACAACUGAGAAUGAAACCUACAGCUGUUGGGAACGCAUUUUUAUUGCCUUGUCGUAUUUAUUGGUAAUCUUAUUCUUUCCCUUGUCAAUGUUCGUGUGUCUCGUGGUCCUGCAGGAGUAUCAGCGGGCGGUGGUUUUGCGUUUGGGGCGCCUACGGCCGGGUGGUGCAAAGGGUCCGGGUCUCAUGUUUAUUGUGCCAUGCGUUGAUGAAUACCAAAAGGUGGACUUGCGAACGACAUCCUUGGACGUGCCGCCGCAGGAUAUACUCACAAAGGACUCGGUGACCGUCAGUGUAGACGCUGUGGUCUACUACAGAAUCAAUAAUCCUCUGGAUGUUGUGCUCCAGGUGAUCGAUCCCGCAUACUGCUGCCGUUUGCUGGCAAUGACAACGCUGCGCAAUGUCACGGGAUUAUAUAUGCUCAUCGAACUGGUUUCCGCUAAGAAGGCGCUGUCCAGGCAAAUCAAGAGCAUGCUCGAUUCCACUGGAGCAACAGAUCCUUGGGGAAUACGCAUCGAAAGAGUUGAAAUCACCGAUAUUCUCAUGCCAGAAUCCCUGCAACGUGCCAUGGCUGUGGAGCAGGAGGCACGGCGUGAGGCAAUGGCAAAGGUUGCAGCUGCAAAUGGGGAAAGGGAUGCUGUCAAGGCACUCAAAGAGGCUGCCGACAUUAUGGAAUCGAAUCCCAUUGCUUUACAGUUGCGGUAUCUGCAAACACUUAAUACUAUCUGCAAUGAUCAGACCGAGGCCAUAGUAUUCCCACUGCCCAUUGACAUACUGGCCAAAUUGAUGAAAUAAUUUAAUUGACUCUUUGUUGUAAUGAAGAACAUCUCAUUUAUUUUAAGUCUAAUUAAAUUUUAAAUAUUUUUA